UGGCUUGUGUGUACUUUAUGCAAGACAUAGUAUAUAUACCGUACAGCAAAGGGUUGCUAGAUGUCUUGCUUACCCUCACUCAGAGGCGCCAAUGGAUUCCUCAAUAACAACGAACCCGCCUAGUGCAGCAUACCAGGAUAAAUCUGACGGCCCUACCUCUUCUCAUCUUGAACACCAUCAACUGUACGAAUCUGACGCUGUAAUUGAAGACAAUUUGCGGAGCACAAGGCUUGGGCGAUACGGAAAUUUUGUGCAGCCCUAUGUUGCUGAAUUUUCUGGCACGAUGUUAUUAGUGAUUUUCGGGAUUGGGGCGAAUUGUCAAGUCUCGCUUUCGAACAAUCAAAACGUGUCUGCAGCCUCAAAAGGCGGUUAUACCUCGGUCGGAUUUGGUUUCGCCGUUGGCAUUAGUCUCGGUGUGUGGGUUAGUGCAAGCAGGUCGGGGGGUCAUAUUAAUCCAGCGGUCACCAUCGCCCUUGCCACAUUUCGCAAAUUUCCUUGGAGAAUGGUACCAGGAUAUAUCUUCUCCCAGCUACUAGGUGGAUUCAUUGGAGCCGCACUUAUAUACGCCAAUUACUACCACGCGAUCAACAUAUUCGAAGGAGGUUCUGGUGUCCGCACCCUUCUAACUGCUGGAAAUUUCGGUACCUAUCCUCUCGAUUAUAUGACCAAUGCGUCUGCUUUCUUCUCUGAAUUCCUGGGGACAGCACUUCUAGUAUUCAUCGUCUUCGCGGCAACAGAUCCAAGAAAUGCUAUCCCGAGUGCAGCUAUACCCUUCAUACUUUUUACCGUCUUGCUGGGCAUUGCUCUAUGCUUGGGAAUGGAGACAGGUUUCGCAGUAAAUCCUGCUCGCGACCUUGGUCCUCGUCUGCUCACGUCGAUCGUUGGGUAUGGUGGUGCAGUAUAUUCAUUCAGACACCAAUAUUGGUUGUGGGGCGGUAUCCUGGCGCCGAUCUUAGGAGGUGUCACAGGCGCUUGCUUUUACGAUAUUCUAUUCAUCGAUAGUGGUCGGUUUAGGAAUGUAUUGGACCGUAAGGAAGCAGCUGUUCGCAGUGGUAAUGGUAAAUCUGCCGUGUAAUAGUAUCUGUUGUAGUACGUCGACGCCGCCACUUUCAAUUCCUUACUCUUUGUCAUGGUAUCGGUUAUUCUCGGAAAUUGUGUUCAUAGUUUUGUAGCUAGUUUAGAAUAAGUUUUUCGAGUUGG